AUGCAACUGCAGUCAUCUGUCUUGAUUAGCUGCCUAGGGGCCAGUGCAACUGUUGCCGGUUAUCAGAGCCGCACUGUGACCGACAGUCCAUGUGCGCAGGUGAGCAGCAGUGCUGCUGCAGCAUUGGCUGCUUCACCAUCCGCUACACCAGUUGUUGAUGGUGAGCUCGCUUUGGCUUGCCUGAAAUCCGUUCCGCUGCGCAAGAUAGAGGCUAUGCAGUUAAUGGACUCAAUUUACCCAUACGUAGAAUGGCAGAGUGACACUUCGUACCUGAAAAACCCGCUUCCAGAAUAUUUGGAACCAGCAGUGGACAUCUGGGCGGAAUUAGAUCAGGUAUAUAGCCAAAUUAAGGGGGAUGCAUACGACAGUGAAUACGAUUUCCUGGCAGACCUCCUUCGGGUAUUUAAUUCAGUGCAUGAUGGCCAUUUCCGGUUCAUACCGGACCUACUGAGCAAGGCUCUUACAUUUAACAGAAACCUUAGCCUUGUUUCUGUCAGCCUGGACGGCAAGCAGGAACCCCAAAUAUAUAUAUAUUCUGAUGUUGUUGCGAUGGUUGACGGCGAUUUUGAACCAUCCUCAGUAACAUUAGUUAAUGGACAGGAGGCAGUGCAGUUCAUGGAGAAUUGGUCUCAGCUGGGAAAUUUUGGUGACCCAGAUACAUUAUACAACCUGAUGUUCUUCUCAAAGCCUGCUGCUGCGACAUCUCGAGGCCAUGGAGGUUAUUUUGCUGGAAGUGGCAGCUUUAGGUUUAUUUAUCCAGGAGCCAAUACCACAGUUAAUUUUGCAAAUGGAACGUCAAGAAGUUACCGGACCACAGCCAACGUGAUAGGUGAUUUCACUGGCAUCACAGAUGGCAAAACAAUGUACGAGAAGUUUUGCACGGGACCCUCCAUGAAAUCAAAUACCACCUCAACCACUGCCCCUCAAAGCACGCAAGCCCCUGGCUAUCCAGAACCCGAGGUGAUUAGCUCCGACAACUCUAUAUCUGGUUACUUCCUUGAUUCAUCCCGGAACAUGGAUGUUGCUGUGCUAAGCAUGUUGUCCUUUCAUCCUUAUGAUCCCUCUGAAUUUCAGUGGGUUUUCCAAAACUUCCUGGAGCAAGCAAAAGCUGUAGGCAAGUCGAAGCUUGUCAUUGACCUUUCUCUUAAUGGUGGUGGAUAUGUUCUUCUCGCCUAUGAUGCUUUCCGGCAAUUAUUUCCAAGUAUUGUGCAGGAUGGCCUCUCACGCUUUAGGUUGACGAAGGCAUUUGCUGCCAUGGCAAAGCAGUUUGCUCUUGUUCUUCCUUCAGACUUUGACCCGGACACCGCUUCCGAAGAUGAGAUCCAGAUGCAUUUAGCAGCUCCAGAUUAUCGGUAUAGUCUGAAUCUCACAAACCAACAUUUUACCUCAGUGGAGGAUAUGACUGGCCCGUAUGAGUAUAACGGGGAUAACUUCACAAGUAUUCUCCGAUUUGACCUCGAAGACCCCUUGAACACAGUGAAUGAGACAUAUGGAAUAGGGCUAGAGAUUACUGGGUAUGGAUCCCGUCAGAACUUUACUCAACCAUUUAAGGCCGAGGACAUUAUCCUUCUGUAUGAUGGGUUCUGUGCCUCAACCUGUACAAUCUUCUCCGAAUUUAUGCGCCUCCAAGGAAGCGUGAAAAGUAUUGCGAUUGGGGGCCGUCCAUCGACAGGGCCUAUGCAAACCAUUGGAGGCGUAAAAGGUUCGAACAAUUUUGGCUUUGACUAUAUACAUUUCCUGGCACACCUAGCAUAUACGUCUGGGACACCUAAGCAGCAACAGUCCGCCAACUGGACAUCCCUUAGGGAGCUCAACCUACUGGCCUCAAAUCGCUCAACAGACACCUCUAUCAACGUCCGAGACAAUAUUCUUCCGGAACAUUUGGACGAUGGUCUUCCAUCGCAGUUUGUUUAUGAACGGGCUGACUGUCGUCUGUUUUAUGAGCCAGAGAUGGUUGUUGAUGUCGCAGCCAUGUGGGAAGCUGCUGCAGAUGCAGCGUGGGGAAACAAGUCCUGCAUUAACGGGCACCUCGAACUAGAGAAACGCACCGCGUCGAAGAUAGCAAAAACGAUCAAAACUAAAAUGAGAGUCAAGAAGCCCAAGUUUCUUCCUCCCGAGAGGGCCCCUUGGUGGGUUCAAUUCAAUGGAAGGAAAGUCCCCCUAUGA